UGGCUAAAUUAUGAAUUAAGUUAUCGAUAAAAAGCUAAUCCAUCAUAUAAUAACUAUGGAAGAUUUUGUUCUUGCAAUAUGUGAUAAAGAUAUCAAAAAACUUCUAAAAACAGGGCAAGAGAUAUUAGACUACUUAAGAUUAAAUCCAGAUCCCAUCGAUUCUCAACAAUUACCAUUUUUGGUUGAUGGUCUUGUUCAAUGGUUAUAUAAUAGUAACUUUAAGAUAAAUUUGAAUGGCCUGGAUAUUUUGAGGCUAUUGGCUUACCAAAACAAGAGAAAUUUCUCCCAAUUCAUAAAUUCCGUCGUUCCAGCUGUUAUGGACAAGCUAGGAGACCAGAAAGAUCAAGUGAGAGAAUCAGCUCAAAGCCUGAUAAUGACGCUUAUGGAAGAUAUAUCCACCCCCCAAAUCGUAUUCGAUAAAUUAUCGCCGGCAUUCGUUCACAAGCAAUGGCACGUUAGGGAGCAAGCUCUUAUAACUUUACAAAAUAUCCUCAACAAAUACGGCAGCACAAAUAUAGCCACUUGCAAAUACGUUCCUUGUAUAUGCAAGCUUUUGGCCGACCAAAAUUUACAAGUAAGGGAACAAGCCAAUAACGCUCUCGUUCUUAUAUAUACCCACGUGGGAGAGAAAUUCAAGGUUGAUCUGAAGAGGAAGAAUCUUGUGCCAGCUGCCAAGUUGUCAAAUUUGAUAGAAAAAUUCGAGGAGAUAAGGAAUUCCGGGAAAUUGUUGGUCAGAGACGAAGAUUACGAUUUCGAUAAAAUCGCCGCCGAUUCCGCCUGCGAUGAAAUUGACCACGCACUUAACAAAGGCGAGCUAAAUCUUCAACCGACCGACACUCAUGCCAGUGAAGAAAUAGCAUUUAGGACCAACCCCAUCAAUUUCAAGUCACUCACCUCUAAUCAUUUAGCCGCGGCCAGCUCCGCUAGGUCUAUUAGCGUGCCUCCUGGGAAAAGAAAUAACUUAAACCCGCACAAUUUGGCUCACAACUCCAAACUAAAUACUCCCUUACCCGGUUCCGCAGGUGCCAUGGAUGAAGAGAGCUUUUACGAUAGCUUCGAAGAAGUUCCUAAACUUCACAUAUCGUCAGUUGCCGAAAUGGAUGACACGCUGAAUAAAAUACGGGAGAUAUUGUCCACCGACAAGACCGAAUGGAACAAGAGAAACGAGGAGAUGAGAAAAAUUAGAUCGGUAGUUCUUAGCGGCAACGUAAGGGAUUAUCCGGAGUUCCUUAACCACCUGAGACAAUUGGAGCCGGCGUUUCAAUUGGCGCUCAAAGAUCUCAGGUCCCAAGUCGUUCGGGAGGUGUGUAUCACUAUCGGAUUUUUGGCCCAAACGUUCGGUAUACGAUUCGAGCACACUGCCGAAUUUUUGCUGCCCAACCUGAUAUGCCUCAUGCCAAACAGCGUCAAAAUUAUGUCAACAUCCGUCAUGGUCGCCAUGAAAUUUAUCUUGAAACACGUACACUCUAACAAGCUGAUACCGGUAUUAGUCCAAAACAUGUCCUCUAAGAACCGCGAAAUUAGAAAAAAUUUAUGUGAUUUUUUGGCCCACAUUCUCCACACCUGGGAUACUUCCGUGCUAGAAAAACACUCGGGAAUUAUUCAGGAAGCUAUCAAGAAAGGUCUUCAGGACGCCGACUCCGACGCCAGAGCUUCAUCUAGAAAAGCAUACUGGGGCUUCGCCGAUCAUUUCAAGGAACAAGCCGAAAUACUCAUCCAAUCCCUCGAUUCCGGCAAGCAAAAAAUGCUGAGAGGCGAAAUUUCCAACUCUUCCAGCAAUAAUUCCUUGUACAGAUCCAAUCUACCACACCAUCCAAGGAUGAAUACGCAAAAUACCGAUAGCUCUAAUAUGCUAAGCACCAUAAAAAAACGCGAAGUGGCCGCUAUACGCAAAAAUACUAUGUCGCUCGAGGAUAUAGCCCGAAAGUAUCCGCCCUUGAAAUCGAAUUCCAAACUGCCCCAUAAACCCAGUCUCAUGACCCAUUACCCGUCUGCCUCGUACGCUACGCACUUUCCAUCUAGCAAUCCGCCCUACAAACCCCCGGUUAGUUCCGUCUCUUCCACGUCCUCCAUUAUUAACACGCGUUCUAACAGCGCUAUAGACCACCAGGCCGCUCUCAGAGCUAGGAAAAGGAAUAUGAACGGUGCCGCGGCAUUUGGAGUCAAUGGGGGAAAUAGCAAGAUUAGAUACCACGAUUAUCCUUUAACGAAGUUAACCCAAAUUUCGAGCCGGCCUAGGAUUUGUCCUCCUAACUUCCGGUUAAAUCAACCCCACAAUUAUCAAAAUCCACCAACGACCGCGAGAGUCCCGACAAAUUCUAAGUCCGUAUCUUCCAUGUCUCAACCUGGUAGCCGUUCGAAUUCGCCGACCAAUCGCCUCAAUGCACAUUCCGCCAUUUACAAUUACCGCGCCAAUCUCAAUAGCGCUCAUCAAAAUGCCAAUAACCUGAAUCAAGGCAACGGAGUCACGAAAUACAAUACGAUGGGCAGGAGCAAUCAAUAUCAACAGACAAGUUCUGCUGCUUUUAAUAUAGCCAAGCCUAGCAUGAACAGACUCGUUAAACAUAAUGCCACGAAAAAUUUAUUAUCCAAAUUCGGCAAAGAUUUUGAAACGUCUUCGAAUGUCUCAGAAACAUCGUCGAAAAUUGGUAGGAUAAUCUCGACUCCUUAUCCAAAGAACAAUGCCAAUCAACACAACGAUUCAAUUUAUGAUGCUACGCCUGUCACUCAACAACAAGUCAGCCCGAGUCAUCAAAUUAGGUCGGAGGAAGAAUUGAGCGAUCACUCAUCCAGUUUCUGUUCCGAAAGCUCCUUCCGGCAAUUUCAAAACAAGUACUUUUUGGUUCACACCGCGGCUUCAUCCUCCAAUUCUGCUGCCAGGGACAAUUUUAACGGUAACUGCAUAAACAAUGACCCUAAUAUCGGCGGUGCGAUGGCGGGAGGAGUGCCCAAUUUCUAUGGCAAUACCUUAGGAACUGAUAUGGAUUCCUCGGAAAUAUUAAGUUUGUUGUCCAGCACGAAUUGGGCGGACAGGAAGGAAGGUUUGAUCCACAUUCUCAGAUUUUUCAGAUCGGGGAAGGAGUUGAAACCUAAGGAAAUCAGACCAAUCAUGGAAAAUUUUUCUAAAAUGUUUAUGGAUCCUCAUUCAAAAGUAUUCAGCAUUUUUCUCGACGCUCUUAUAGAGUUCAUCAGUAUCUACCACGAGGACCUACAAGACUGGCUCUACAUCCUCAUGACCAAAUUGCUGACCAAGAUGGGACAAGAGCUCUUAUCAUCCAUCCAGACCAAAUGCCAGAAAUUAUUAGACCUUAUCACUUCCUCGUUUUCCUUCGCGCUACAAUUCGAGUAUUUGGGGAAGUUUUUGACGGACCAAACAAUGACACCCAAUUACAAAGUCAAAAUAGCCGUGCUAGGCUACGCCCUUUCUAUAAUUCCCUCCCUGACCCCCUUGGAUUUCACGGUGGAUUCGGAUACUCAAUGCAAAACCAUGUCCAAAAUCAUAAGCCUAACGGGCGAACCUAAAAGCGUGGAGGUCAGGAAACUCUCCACUUGCAUUCUGCUCGCCCUAUUCGACCUCAACCCGGCCACCUUCACCAUGAAUCUCCAUUCCAUGCCGAAAUCUCAACAGGACAUAUCCAUGGAAAUUCUCAGAAAUCACGUCGGUCCCUCUCUCCUAAACCAAAUUUCGCCGCAUCCUUCCGAGACCUUUAUGAAUGGUGGGCAAGACCUCCCGCUUCAACGAAAUUACGUAUCGGAAAAUUUCGCGAUCCCAUCCUCCGAAGCCGCCUCCGUUGACGACCACAAUUUUUCGGGCGAGAGUUUAACUUCUACGCUUCACGCCGAACCUUGUAAUAUGCGUACCCCGAAUCUCAUGAGUUUCGGAACACCUUACUCCGAAAUGGAGAGAAGCGGUCCGGACACUGCCAAAAAGGGAUUUAAUUGGAGCUACGACGAGGAAAGCCGGAAUCUUCUUCUCUUUAGUUCCAAAAGUUCUAACGGGCUAAAGCCCGUUGUGCCUCCCAAGCCCAGGCUCUCGCUUUCGAAAACGGACAAGUCCGAUUUAAACUUUUCGUCCUCUUCGCUCAGUCCCAAUUUAAGCGGGGAUUUCCUUAACGGCGGGCAAAAUAAUACGCCCAACCAUAACGAUAAACCUGUAAGCAAAAUACCUCUGUUAUCCCAAUCCAAAAAACGUCAAAUUCAUUCCAAAUCCCCACUAACGACUGGUGACAGCUAUCAUUUAUCCGAAAAUUUGGAACGAACUCAUCGAAAUCCGGUGAUCAGCGAAUGCCCGAACAUCGAAUGUACCCAGAAGUCGCCCGUCAUUUUGGUCGUUAACGGGACGGGCGGUUCCAGGCCCGUUAAAAUUUUGACAAACAAAACGCGCGAUGCUUUUGACAUGUCUACUCUGAAUAAAGAAUUAGAUGAAAUGGUCAACGGAGAUGAAGAUGUGGAAAGAACCUUGUCAAACAAAUUAGCCAUAAUGAAGAACGAAGAUAUUAAUCGAGAUGAAUUGAUGGAAGCUCUCACUUUCGUCAAAUGCUUAGUCAACAACACGAGCAGUUCCUCUUACAAAGGUAUGUGGGAACGCCAAUUCAAUUACUUGCUAGCCAUCCUCAUCAAGCUCUUAACUCAAGAAGAUAACCAACUCAAGUGCAAUGCGCUGGGGACCCUCAAGCAAUUGAUUAAAUUCUUUCCACAGCUGUUCCUUCCUUACACCGAGACCACCUAUCUCAAAUUAUUGAACGUCAUAAAUUGCGAUGUUAAGGAAGUAUCUAGAAUGGCCGAGGAAACUUGUCACGCCUUAGCCAAGGGUAUUCCCCCUUCCGUAUCAUUUCGCGUAAUAAAUCCGCUCAUUCAAACGGCCCCUUAUCCUACCAACCUUCACGCUAUAAAAAUUUUGCACCAAAUGGUGGAUAAUCAUGAAAGAUCCGAACUAGCGCCCAUGCUAAACGAUAUCAUUUCGAAUUUGAUUCAGAAUUGCGAAAAUGUCGAAGGAACCGUCAGAAAAUGUUGCGUGUUUUGCCUGGUCAGCGUUUACUCGAAAUUUGGGGAGGAAGUGUUGCCUCAUUUCCAACCUUUAUCAUCUCAAAAACGCAAAAUUUUGCAACUUUACAUUGAUCGGGCCAAUCAACAUAAUACCACGACUACUCUAUCUCGAUGAAAAUCAACCACUCCUUUUUUUUAAAAAAAACUAUGUUGCAAAAAUAUUUAUCUUGUUUUUAUUUAUGGUAACGAUUCAUAUCUAUUAUACAUUCUUAUUUUCGAUACAAAAUACUGAUUUUGAAAUCUAGCUUUUUUUAGGACGAGAAAGAAAAAGAGGAGAAAAAAAAUAAUAAUCACUUUAAUAAUUGUCACUUAUCGCGUAUUAAAUAUUUUCUGUUUAUUUUAAAAGGAAAAUCGUAUCCUUUUAAAAAUAUUUGGGAAACAAAAGGGAGUUUCUUUUUAUAGGAAAUUUUUUUUUUAAAAAUGUACUUAAUAAAAAUUAUCAUUUUAACU